UUCUGUGAAGCAAGGCAGUUUAUUGAUUGACAAUAGUACAAUAGAUCCCGCAGUGUCUAAAGAUAUGGCAGCAUUGGCUGAGAAAAAAGGCUGUGUGUUUAUGGAUGCACCAGUUUCUGUGAAGCAAGGCAGUUUAUUGAUUGACAAUAGUACAAUAGAUCCCGCAGUGUCUAAAGAUAUGGCAGCAUUGGCUGAGAAAAAAGGCUGUGUGUUUAUGGAUGCACCAGUGUCUGGAGGUGUAGGGGCUGCGAAAGCUGCAACGUUAACGUUCAUGGUCGGUGGAAAAGAAACAGAGUUUCCAGCAGCAGAAGAGAUUUUGAAAUGUAUGGGGAAAAAUGUAGUACACUGUGGACCAGUAGGAACUGGUGAG